UCCCUCCCCCUCAGAAGAAAAAGAAACUCACGAAGGUCUCUUCCCAAAGGUCCAUUGUUAACCCAAUCAGGAAGGAUUCUGCCAGUACUUCUCCUGCCAAGCCUCAGUCGAAAGAUAUGGGGAGUGGGAAAUCCGGUUUUAAUACUGAAAUUCCUGAGGAACAAGUGGCUGUCGAAAAAACGCCUGAGAAAAUUUUGGAGGAAACAGCCCCAGAGGAAGAUGUCCCCACAAGUGACCAUGAUAUGCAAACCGUAGAAGAAUUCGACACUACAGUGGGUGACGCCUCUGAAGAUGAAUCUCCUCCUCAUCCAGGAUUGCAUGUUGCACCUCAGGGUGAUGAUAUUGAAAUGGAGGUUGUAGUCGAAGAUGAUCCUGAAGAUGGAGCUGCCAGAGAUGGGGACAACCAGUCGAAACGAACAGAGGUUGAGCGUAUUUCGACGCGAAACACUCCACCUGCUUCUGACCGGGCCCAAGGGAGUGGCAAAUCAACUGGUUCGACCAGUUUCUCUCGCGAGGAGCUUGAAAAUCUCAAAGUGCAAAGACCUUUGGAGUAUCUGAAAGCCAUGCUUAGCACCCGUUUUAAUUUUCAGGAUUCUUCGCAGAGUAGUUCGACCACUUCUGGGGCAACUUCUGAAGCACCAUCACUUGGCAGCCUCCUGACCAAGAUCAAAACGAAAAUCCUUGAUGUCGAUUUGUUUAAAGUCUUGGAAGAGAAUUCCCUUGCUCAAAUUGGUCUUAAGAAAAUCUUGAAGCAAGUGAAUGUUUUGGAAACUUCUGCUGAGAUUGGAAGUUUCGUGAUGGAGUUGAUGACUCUCAUUGACUUGGCCACUGCAGAUCUCCAUCGUCAAAGGGAUCUUACCGCUCAAAUCUCCUCCAAGUCUGAAACUCAAACUGCUGAAUGGGAUGCCGUUUCGACUUCGACUGACAAAGUUUCAAAAUUGCAAAAGCUCUCUGAAACGUAUGUUGAAGAAGUUGCUGCUUGCAAUGACAAUAUUCAAAAAUGGAAAACACAGAUAGCAGCACUUCAAGAAAAGAUCUCUCAAGAGGAGAAACGUAAGGCAUCCAUUCAGCAACCCAAGCAGAGCGAGAUUGACGAAGAAUUGAGGGUGGGUAUUCGACAUGCAGAGAAAGCCCAUCAACUUAGUCAGGAGAUUGAGACUCUCUCUACUCACAAAAGUCUUUGUGAUCAUCGACUCCAACUCCAGAGGCAGAAGUUCGCCACUUUGAAGGAAACUUUUGCCAAUUUUAAUUUUUAGUCGAAUUUAUUUAGCAACUCUCAGCCCUUUGAGGCUUUCUUUGUAAUAACUUUUGAAUGCCAUUUUUAUUUGGCCCA